AUGGCUAUGGGCACCGCGCAGCUCCUCCUCCUCCUCCUCGCUUGCUUACACUGUCCUCUUGCUGCCGCAGUUGCUCCGCCGCCAUUCUCGUUCAGCUUCGACUUCACCAACACAUCCAGCUACCGCCAAGAUGACCUCAAGUUCGAGGGCAACGCAACUGUGCACGGCAACCUGGUCGACCUCACCUGCAACUCGUUCGGGAAGGACUCGAAAGAUUGCGUGGGACGGGUGUCGUACGCGCACCGAGUGCCGUUCUACGACAACCUCACCGGCGAGGUAGCCAGCUUCCAAACGCGCUUCACCUUCGUCAUCAUGUUGGACAACAAUACCAUGAACUACAAGGGUGAUGGCAUGGCUUUCUUCCUCGCCUAUUACCCAUCAACCAUGCCGGCGACCUCUGGUGGGGGCAACCUCGGCCUCAUGUCCCAAGUCGACGGCAAGAGGACCACCUUCGGCAAAGACCAGUUCAUCGCUGUGGAGUUCGACACCUACAACAACUCCUACGACCCCAGCACCACCUUCGACCACAUCGGCAUCGACAUCAACUCUGUCAUGGAUUCGGUGAACACAACAAGAUUGCCCAACUUCAGCCUCAACGGUUCCAUGACCGCCACCGUCACCUUUGACAACACUAGCCGGAUGCUGAUCGCCGACCUGCGGUUUGAUGACAAUGAUAACUAUCGUCCCGUUCAGGUUAGCACGCAGUUACCCCAUCCGGUCACCACCUUGCUCCCGGAUCAAGUUGCCGUAGGGUUUUCUGCAGCCACCGGCUCGGGCAUGGAGCUGCAUCAGUUACUCUCGUGGUCAUUCAACUCCACGCUUGCUCCGCCCCGGAAAGAUCAUGACAAGAAGGCAGCGGUUGUUGGAUGGUUGAUUGGAGGAGCUAUGGCGUUGCUUGUGUUGUGGUGCAUCAUCUCGUAUUUCAAGUGGACAAGGAGCACAAGUCAAAACUUUCUGGCUCCAAGUGGAGGAGCCAGACAGCUCGAGUACCGUGUUCUGGCUGCUGCAACGGAUGACUUCUCUGAGGAGCGGGUUAUUGGGCAAGGUGCCUUUGGAGUAGUCUACAGGGGCACCUUCUUCAAGGUACCAUCAUCAGGUGCGCCCUCGAGAGAAUCCGAUGGUCCGUCCUCCACGGAAUCUUGUGCGUCUUCAAACUCGAGCUCGAAGGAAUCCGCAGAUGACAUCGAGGUGGCUGUAAAGAAGAUCAAGAAUGGGACAAAGGGAGGAGACUUCUUGGCCGAGAUGAACACCAUUAGUGAAGCCAAGCACAAGAAUCUCGUGAAACUGAAAGGUUGGUGCUGCAGGGAAAACAAUCGGAACUUGCUCGAUUUCAUGUGUUGGUGCUGCAGGGAGAAGAAGGAUGCCGAGCUCUUCCUGGUCUAUGAACUCGUGCCGAACGGUAAUCUGUACUACCACCUAAGCGAGAGUGAGCAAGUAAUAGCAUGGCCAACAAGGUACCAAAUUGUGAAAGACAUAGGCUCGGCCCUUGUUUACCUCCACCACGAGUGCGAACCUUACAUUCUGCACAGAGAUAUCAAACCAGGCAACAUACUCCUAGACAACAAAUUCAAUGCCAAGCUUGCUGACUUCGGGUUGUCGAGGAUCGGCAACCAGGAUAACAUGACUUUGAUGACAACCGCGAUAGGGACGGAAGGGUAUAUUGAUCCAGAAUGUAGGAAAGAUGGGAAAGUCAAGUUCUACCCUAAAUCCGAUGUCUACAGCUUUGGAAUCGUUCUGCUAGACAUUGUAUGCACAGGGAAGUCCAGGGAGCGAGUCUGGGAGUUGUACAUUAGAGGCAAGGUCAUGGAGGCUACAGAUGGAAGGCUUCAUGGCGGCGACGAUUUGGACAGGAGGCAAAUGAAGAGCGUGGCUGUCCUCGGACUCUGGUGUUCUCUUCCUGAUGGUGCCAAGAGGCCUACCGUUCGGAAAGCAAUGGAGGUCCUGGAACGUGAUGAGUCGUUGCCUGACCUUAACUACCGGGUGAACACUUCGGUACCCUCAGCCUCAGGACAUCAACACAUCGACACCAGUAGCUCUGACCAGCAGGCAUUUAUGUCAGAUGAAAGCUAG